AUGAUUCCAAUUCUCUAUGGCUCACAGACAGGAACCUCAAGGUAUGUGUGCAGACUUCUUGAGAGGGCGGCUGUGCAUGGAUAUAGCGAACGCACAAUAUAUGAUCUGGAGAGCUUUACAUCAGGUAAAGAAAGUAAAACACAAUGUAUUGUUCAAUCAAUAGACGAGUUUGGUAUAGAAAGACUUCUUGAUACAAACAUUGUAGUAUUUGUGUGUUCAACGCACGGCGACGGAGGAGAACCUUUCAACAUGUCUAGGUUCUGGGCAUUUUUAUCAAGAGAUGACCUUCCAGAUGGUAUCCUAUCACACCUAAAAUUCGCUGUAUUUGGACUGGGAAGCUCUACAUAUGAAAAGUUCAACUACUGCUCAAAAAGACUGUUCAAUCGACUUGUAAUGUUAGGUGCAACACCGAUCAUUCGAAGAGGAGAAGGAAAUGCACAGGACAAAGAUGGUUUUCUAACUGAUCUCAGGCCCUGGGCUAAGGAACUAGUUGAGUGUUUACACACACUCAAAUCUGAGUUCCGAAUUAGCAUGGAACAUUCAGUGCCUGAGGAAUAUGAUACAAUAUUGAUUGAGAAGAGCACAUUGACUUCGAGCGACCAUCAUCAAAAAAUAGUUGAGUUUGUAUUUGACAUUCCUGAAUAUAAGGAUUUCUGUCCAGGGGAUUGCAUAUCUUUUCUUCCAACAAAUUAUAAUUAUACUGAGUUCAUGCAAUACAAUCAAAUUAAAAGCGAAGAUUAUGCAGGAAUAGACGUAGAGUACAUUAUCAAGAACACAGUAGACUUUAAUUCACCACCAAGACAGAUAUUCUUUUUUGAGCUUAAACACUUUCUAGUGGGAAAGCAAUAUAGCGAGGAGCACCUUCAAAAGAUUGAUGAAAUAGCAAAUAGUUACGACUUGUACUACAGCUAUGUGCAUAAGCCCCGAAGGACAACUUUUGAAGUUCUAAAGGAAUUCAAGGUAAGGGUAGAUAUCAGGUUUCUCAUAGACUUCGUGCCAACGAUAUAUCCAAGGUUUUUUUCAGUUGCAAGAGUAGAUGGGAAGUAUCACAUUACUGUGGCAAUCGUAGAAUACUACACGUCAAUUGCAGAUCCUCGCAGAAGCAUUUGCUCCGAGUAUCUUUUGAGAUUGGCAGUUGGUGAUAAGGUUAAAGUGGGUAUUGGCAGAAGCAAUCUAUAUUUUGAAUCUAAAAAGCUGCUGUUUUUAUGCACAGGUGCAGGAAUAACGCUUGCAAGGACGUGUAUCAAUGAGUUCAAGAACAAGGAGAUUGUGGUGUUUUAUGGAUUCAGACACCGGGAUAAAGACUUUCUAUACUGUGAUGAGUGGAAUAAGCAGAAUGUGAAGUUGUUCUGCGCAGCAUCUAGAGACGAUGGGGUUUACAUACAGGAUGUGUUUAAGAAGAACCCAGUUGAUGGGAUUGAUGAGUACCUUGUUUUUGUGAGUGGAAAUUCAAGACUUAACAAGGUGGUUGAGCAGAUGCUUCAAGAGGUGUAUGGGAAAAAGAUUUCUUUUCAAUCGGAGACAUGGUAG